UAUUUCUGUCAGGUCUUGGGGGAUUCAUAAAAAGUCUCAAGAUUGUCAUAUUUUUUCUUGUUGAUAGUCCAGAUCAAAGGCCAUGUCGUCAACAAAGGGCAUCGACUUGGACAAAGUGGUGGAGGAGUUUACUUCUUUGCACAGGCUUCAUGAAAAGCUAAUCCAAGAGAAGGAAGGUCUAGAGAACGAAGUUGCUCUUCUGCAAAGAGAGUAUGAAUCAUCCAUGGAGAGACAUGCAGGAACAAUGAAAGAUUUCAAACAAGCUCAAGAGAUGGUAACCAAGCUUCAGAACAUGCUAAAGCUGAAGUGUAAUCUUGAAGAUGAGAACCAAGAACACAAAGAAAAAGUCACUAAUGUUAUAGAUGAGCUUGCUAUUACUCGAGAGGAACACAAGCUAGCUAUGACUAUGUCUGAGAAGAAGAUAGAAGAUCUCGAAGUGAAUCACAAACAGGAAAUAGAUGAACUCCUAGAGACUACCACAGCACGGAGUAAGUUAAUGCAACAUUAUUUAGAGUUAGACUACCUUUUCAUUUUCAGUACGAAGGAACCAGUUAUCUUCAACGGGAGGAUAGUGGCUAAUGGAUGA